AUGUCAAAGGACGAGAGACUAGCUGAAGGUUACUCUACACAAAGACCACCACUCUUCAAUGGGAAGUACUAUGCCUAUUGGAAGACAAGGAUGGAGAUGUUCAUACAGUCCGAGAAUUAUCAAGUCUGGCAAGCUAUCGAAGUAGGAGAUUACGAGGUAACCAAGACCAAUGCAGAAAAUGAGGUAAUUCCUAAACCUAUCUCUGAAUAUGAUAGAAAUGACUUUGAGAAGAAAGAGAUUAAUGCUACUGCUAAAAAACUCCUAGUUUGGGGUUUAGGGCCAGAUGAACACACUCGUGUUAUGGGAUGUAAAACAGCAAAAGAAAUAUGGGAUUUACUAGAAAUAACCCACGAAGGAACUCAUGAAGUCAAACCUUCUAAAAUUGAUAUACUGCUUUCUAAAUAUGAACGUUUUGAAAUGGGUUCAAAAGAAACUAUUCAAGAAAUGUUUACUCGUUUUAAAAAUAUUACUAAUGAAUUAGUUUCUCUUGGUAGAGUUGUUCCUAUGGAUGAACAGGUACGCAAAAUUCUAAGAAGCCUUCCUGAAGAUGAACGGUGGAGAGCCAAAGUGGCUGCUUUGCAGGAAUCAAAGGACUUUACAACCUUUAACCUUGAACAACUUGCAGGUUCCUUGAUAACUCAUGAGCUUCACCUAUCAAACAAAAGUCAAGAAAGCUCAAAAAGCCGAGGAAUCGCUUUAAAAGUUGCCCAACCAAGUGAUGAGGAUUCCGAAUCUGGAGAGGAAGAAGCUGCCAUGCUAGUCAGGAAGUUAAAAAAGCUGUACCGCAACAAAAGGUUUGGUGACCAAAAGAAAAGGAACUUCAAGAAGAACCAAUACUCCAAGGAAACAGGAGGUUGCCACAAAUGUGGGAACACAGAUCACUUCAUCAAGGAAUGCCCUCUCUGGGAAUCAGAAAAAGGAAAAGGCAAAAUGAAGGAACACGGAAAAUCUAAUACUCCUAACUUUUCAAAAUCUGAUUACAGGAAAGCCAUGAUAGCUGCGUGGGGAGACACAAGUUCUGAGGAUGAAGAAGAAUCCACGGAAGAAGAAACUGCAAACCUGUGUUUGAUGGCUAAACACAGUGAAAGGUCAAAGGAGGUAAAUCUCGAACCUAAAUUUCUGAAAUCCCUGUCAAAAGACAAAUUAAUUUCUUUGCUCAUAGAAACAUUGGAUGAAUAUAAAGAAAUAUGUCUUAAACUUGGACAAAAUGAAAAAGCUCUAGAAAUCUAUAAGGAUCAUAUGAAAUAUUUGAAUAGUUCAAGAACAGAUGUUCAGGGAAGAUUCUUUGAUUUGCUAGAUAGAAAUACUAUGCUUAAAGAAACACUGGAAAGAGUCAAAAAUGAAAAUAUCAUGUUAAAUGUUGAAUUGACUCAGUAUAAAUUGCUAUGCACUAACAUUGAUUCUAAUAAUGCUCUUCAAUUUCCUUUAGUAACCUUUAAUGAUGAUCUUGAAAAUUUGAAAAAAGAAUUGCAGGUUACUAAAGACAAAAAUGAGUUCCUUGAAAAGGAUCUAGAAAGAGCAAGAAACAAUGAGAGUGUAAUCCACAUGGGAGUUCCAAAGUGGAUACUUGAAGCUCAAACCAGAAGGACAGAAGGUUUGGGUUUCAACCACAAAAAGAAGAGUAGUAGUAAAAAGAAAAACUAUGUGGAACUUCCUAGUGAGACUGUGUGUUCCUUCUGUGGCAAGUCAGGACACAAAGAUACUGAAUGCAAAAGAAAGGAACUUAAGUCCACUAAAAAUAUAGUUUAUGUAUGGCAAAAGAAAAAUGAGUCUGCUGUAUCAACGAAGGAACCCAUGAAAGAUGGGGUUCCUGAAUCUAACCCUUAG